AUGGCGGUCUCAAUUCAGUGUAAGGUUACCACUCGCACGACCAUCUCACCUGUGGAGAGGAACCGUCACGGUGACGUUCUGCACUUUGACUCCGUUCCUGAUGUAGUGAAGGUUAAUUCUAGUGCACGACUGAAGUAUACCUGCACCAGGGCCUGUAGAAUUGGGAUUGAAAUUGUCCUUCCCAACCCAACAGUCAUUGAACUUGUGACCUUUACGAGAACACGGACUCAUCUCAAAGAACUCGGGAAGACAAGGACAAGGACGGUUCGGAUUUCUUUCCCUCCAGCUCUGGUGUAUAAGAGUAGCUUUUUUUUCAGACGGCCCAUAGAAGCCCAGGAUGUGACACUGAGGGCCUGGAUGGUCCACCUGGAUGGACAGAAAGGUGGGACCAGUCAGUCUGGAGUCAGUCAGUAUGAAGAAUCUCUUUUGAGAACAUUUAAAGUUCUUGACUUGGUCCCGAUUUUGGAACGUCCUACCCAACUGCCCACCAGGUCUGUGUCUUGGGAGGCGGAGCUAAUGUGGAAUCUUAAGAAGGACAAAAUAGAGCAGUGCUCCCCUGAGUCAGAUGUUGUGGAUCUCCUUACAUUCCCCUUUGCAAGUACUGGAGAAAAAUAUGGAGUUCUUUACUCAUUUCCUUCCUUCGCCAACAAAGAUCUGGAGGUUCCACGUCGUUAUGCUAUAAAGAAACCCAGAGCCGUCAUGUCUGUGUGGUUGUACCUGCUGAACUGGUGCAACAAAAGGCUCUGUGGGAUCAUCAAGCACGUGGAUGCGAACAGGAGGUAUGAAUCGCCUCUCAUAAUGCUGAACGAUAAAGGUAACAUUGUGGUGCAGGUGUGUUUGAUCUCAGGGAAGGAACGAGCGUUUACAGUUCACACUAUUUUGCCUCUCCACACCUGGAUUAGGCUGGACCUUUAUUUCCACAUUUUAAAGGCAAAAAUCAGAAUUACCCAGGCUUUUCCUGGAAGGGAGAUGGUGGCAGCAACACACAGUUUCCAUAAAGCCGUCUUUUAUAACGACACAUCAGGAUACUUUGCCAUCGGUGGUGAUUUCUAUACACCAGGAAUUCAUGGCUAUUUUGGACCAGUCAAAUAUUACAGAUUAGGUUCUGAACAGGUGGUGAACCCUCUGUCUCAGUUGAACCUCAUGAAGCAGCUGGGUGAAACACAUAGACGGUGUGAAGAGAUGAAUCAGAUCACUGAAGGAUAUGUAAACGCCAUUCAAAUCAGCAGAGCCAGCACUGCCCAUGAUGUGUGUGACCCGUAUUAUGAAGGCUUAAGGAGGACAUUUGGUCGAGGACUGUGCCUGCAAACGUGGUCCUGGGAUCAGCAAGUGAAAUACAGCGCUGCAUUAAAGAUCUUAAGGAUGCACGAGAAGGAACUUAUCUCAGGUCCAUGGAGCAGAGGAAGGGCGUCGCUCUUUAGCAAGCACCUCUUUCAGGAUGUUGUGAAGAGCAUCGCUGACUCACCAGGUUUAGAUGAGGGAAAAGUCGACCCCUCUCUGAUUGAGCGGCUGCAGAUCUUGUCCUGCUGGGGAUUUCACAAGGCCUCUCUCAUGCUGGCCACUUUACACCUGUCAGGCUUUGGGGUGCCAGUGGAUCAGGAGAAGGGUCAGGCGUACAGCCUGAUAGGUGGAGUGGCAGAUGACCGCCUGGCUCUGUUGCAUUUGGGUUAUAAGCACAUGCAGGGUCUGGAUGGCUUUCCUAAAAAUCAGGACGUGGCUUAUGGGUACUACGCCAACGUGGGCCAGCAGACCAGCAAAGACUCGGAUAAGGUCAACGACACUGAGCAAACCCCCCCUGAGCACGUGGACUUGACCAGUGCAGACGACAUGCAGUUGCAGACGGGCGAGUCGAGUGACGUCGUACAGUUCCUCAAACAUCAGGCUGAGAGAGGAGACAUCGAAUCCCAGAAAACGUUGGCUCGGAUGCUGUUCUGGGGCACUAACGGUGUGGAGAGGGACAUCAACGUAGCUAUGAGGUGGUACGCCAGGAGUGCUCUGCCAAUGACUGACGUUUCUGCCAUGUACGACUACGCCAUCUUCCUGAUGAAGGGUAUCGGACUGGAGAAAAAUGUCACACUGGGACUUAAACUCCUGCAGAAAGCCGCGGACAUGGGUUCUGUGGAUGCUCUGAAUGGACUGGGCUGGUACUACAGUACUACAGGAGACAACAGAAAAGCUAUGCACCACUUUGAGCUGGCUGCUGCUAACGGCAGUCGAGAUGCCAUGUUUAACCUGGGUCUUUAUCAUCUAAGUGGAGCUGCCCUGGAUUUACCCAUAAGGAACGAGACUGCAGCGUUUCGGUGUUUCCUGAAGGCUGGUGAGAUGGGUCACAUGGAGGGAGCAGUGGAGGCGGCAUUAUAUCUCUCUAAAGGAACCUCACCAGCACCACACAGAGACCCUGAGAAAGCCGUGCGUCUGUUGAAGCCGGUCAGUGAGAAGAACGGCCACCUGGGCUUCACCCUCCGAGAAGCUCUACAUGCUUAUCAGCAGGGAUCAUGGAAUGAGGCCUUGCUGAGAUAUGCUAUGGUAGCUGAGACCGGCCUGGCUGUGGCACAGACCAACACCGCCCACCUUUGUGAGGUGCUGAAGCAUGGUUCUGCCUGCCAGUGGAGGUACCACAACUACUCCACCCAAAACCUCUUUCCACCUGAAAUGGGUCUGUUGAAGCUGGGGGAUCAGUACAGUGCAGUAGGUGAUAUGGAGCAGGCUAUAUCUCUCUACAGCAAAGCAGCACUGCAAGGAAGUCCUCAGGGCUUGUAUAACCUGGCGGUUUUGAUUGAAGAUGGUCACACUGUUCCUGGGGAUGUACUGGAGGAAAUGCAGAUUUCAGCUGAAGCUCAGCAGAAUAAAAGCACUGUGGUGGAGAGACUUUUAAUCAGAUGUAGAACGUUUGAGGGAAAGGCGGAGGAGCUGAGUCCCUGCUCUUUGGCUCUGUUAAAGCUGCAAGUGACCCGGGCAUGGCACAGCUUUACCAAGAGUACCAUGCAGCUGGCACUGACCCUCACUACUCUGAUCAUAGUGCUGACCAUCUUGAUACAAACUGUACUCGCCCAGUACCAGGUCACUCACCCCGCCAGUAUUUCUCACCACUUACCUGGCAGACAAAAUGAACCAGAUUCUCCCAAUCAUGUAAGAGAAAGUGUGUCGGACACUGCUGAGGAAGCGCCGCCAGUCCCCUCUAGAAACACCUCGCUGGAGCAGAACGGUCAAACCCAUAUUAUCAGACCUGGUCGAUCACUGCAGGAAGUAUCUGACUUAAUCAUCACAACCACUGGAGUGUGUGUGUGCGCACUGUGCACCAUAUUUGUCACUCAUUUGUUUUAA